UGCUCCGCUCCGCUGCACAUCGCGAGAGGUUCUUUAUGCGAAUUUGUGCGAGAUUCCAUGGAACUACCGCGCAUGCGAGUUUAAGCUUAAUGGGUUAACUUUUUUCAACGUCAACUAUUUGUUACUCGGGAACACAUUGGGAAGCGUUAGCCAGCACAGGCUAGUAGUUUAGCAUUGAAUUUGGAGAGGAACCCGAGUUUCCGCCUUACGUGUAGAGCUGAACCCCGCCGAAAAAAGACGCCCGCUUUUUGGAAAGAUAAUCGACAUUUUCAAUUCUUUACCGACUUAUUCUGCCGAAUUAAUUAUUUUAUUUUAUUUAUUUAUUCAUUUAUUUAUUUAUUUUCCACGUGGAUUCGGUUCAUGAGUCGGGACAGGAGGCGUAAAACGACAGCGCAGGCGCGGCGAGUUUAGCCGACUUUACCGGCAUGGCCAGGGACUACGAUUACCUCUUCAAACUGCUCAUUAUCGGCGACAGUGGUGUGGGGAAAAGCAGUCUUCUACUGCGCUUUGCAGACAACACAUUUUCAGGUAGCUAUAUUACCACUAUUGGAGUUGAUUUCAAGAUCCGAACAGUAGAGAUCAAUGGUGAGAAGGUGAAGCUACAAAUCUGGGACACAGCAGGCCAAGAGCGUUUCAGAACCAUCACCUCCACGUAUUACAGAGGAACCCAUGGGGUCAUAGUCGUGUACGAUGUCACCAGUGCUGAAUCUUUUGUCAAUGUUAAACGGUGGCUACAUGAAAUUAAUCAGAAUUGUGAUGAUGUAUGUCGAAUAUUAGUGGGUAAUAAAAAUGACGACCCAAACUCUAAAGUUGUUGAGACAAAUGAUGCACAAAAGUUUGCAGAGCAGAUGACCAUACGUCUGUUUGAGACCAGUGCAAAAGAGAACAUUAAUGUGGAGGAGAUGUUUAACUGCAUCACAGAGCUGGUGUUACGUGCAAAGAAGGAAUCUGUGGCCAAGCAGCAACAGCUGCAACAGAAUGAUGUUAUUAAGCUCAGCAAGAACAGCAAACGAAAGAAAAAGUGUUGCUAGUGGACCUCAGACCUGAAUGCAACACUCGCUGCAGAAUCCCUAUAGAGAAAGACUUUAAUCACCUAAAUUAAGAGCAGAGAAAGCUAAAUAAAGAUAAUAAAAAUGAAAAACAUGUCCCUUUUGGACAUAAAUCAUGAAGACUUUUUAAAGAAAAUGUACAGAUUUUAGAAUUACAGAAUUUUUAAGUGGGAAUUCAAUAGAUGUGGUAUUUAAUAAAAUAUCCUCCUUCUUUCUUGAAGGACCUGCAAACUGACAUUCUCACCACACUGCAGAUUUUUAUAUGUAUCGAGUUUCUCUUACCAUCACGCCUGUUUUAUCUUUUUGUUUCUCUUUGGGUCUUCAUAUCAGGAAUGUGUUUUCUUUUUUUUUGUUUGAUGGAAUAGAUUUAUUUUCUAGAAGAGAAAGAAAGUAGUUUUUCUACGAACAUGAAAUCUUGGAUGCCAACAACUUAUGAAUUUUCACUUUAGUGACUGGCAAAAACAAAGAAUCACUUUAACUUGCAUAUCCAGUGACAAUGGCAUUACAAGCUUCUCAUGGUCUUUUUUGCCAAUUGCAUCUCCAGUGUUUUUUCUGUUACCUACAACAUAAGCUCACCUUACUAUUUGCCAAACAUUUGCAGGAAAACAGUGGAAAGAACAUUUUCUGCCAUGAUCUUAAUCAGUACCAUGGUGUCGUUCUGGAAUGUUGCCAUGCUAAAGCACUUGGGACUGCCAAAUUGGAAGACCUGUAUUUGGGGUGAACCUUCAUCACAGAGGAUACUCACCUCAUCUGCCAUUGUUUGCUGUGUUUAGUGUUAUAACUCACCUUUUCCCAAAAUGGACAUUCUGUAUGUGUGCAUUGUGUCAAGGUGUGAUGCUGUGCAUUCUUAUUGCAUUUACAUAUAUGCAAUUGGUGGAAUUCAAGUUAAAUAUAAAGGCACCAACAUUAGUUUAAAUGCCACAAGAAUAGUUUUCAUGAGGUAAAAGGUAAAGGAAAGAGUAAAAGUAUUAAAAAUAUUUAAGUAUUUAAUUUUGGACAAAGUAUGUAUUUACAGCUGAAUGCCUUGUCUUCAAAACCUAUUAACUUUAAUCCACUAUAAUUAGAACUAAAUGCUCAGAAUCAUCACUGUAUUAACAGCAGGUUGGUUUGAUGUCCCAUAAGCACCAUGCAAUGACCCAUUAAACCAUGUAGAGGAAUCAUAGCUACACAUCUGUCUGACUUUUAUCCAUUAUGUAUCUGUAAAAACAUUUGAAUUUGAAAAACGUUUAAUCAGUUAGGAAACACUUUCAGUGUCAUGUGGUUCUGCUGUACACUGGAGUAAAGAAAAUAUACUGCAUCUCCUCCCUCUUAUGAAUUAAAAAUAAUUUAAGUGGAUAAACAUUUGGCACAUCGGUUUUUUUUUUUGCCUUAAUCUUUAAAUCCGUGUUACUAAUGUUUUCCAUUGCCAAGCUACCUUCUUUUCCUUGUCUUUUGAGUAUUAGCAUGUUUACCUGUAUUUUAAUUUCAUUAUAUCCAAGUGCAUUCCACAUUCACUGUGUGCUGAUAAAUAAGAAGUUUGGAUCAUAUAAAAGUGUAACACUUUCAAAAGCACACUUUUACAUGUAAGCAUUAUUUAUUCUAAAGUUCUAAAGGCGUAGAAAAUGGCCUAACUACACUGUGAAAUUUCGGGAACAGCUGAUUUUUGUGUUGCUUUAUACUGAAGACAUAAUCAAUCAAAAGAUGAAUAAGAGAUAACAUCAUAAUUUUAAUUUCCUGAUAAUUACAUUGGUGUGUUUUAAGACUAUAACACAUUUGGUGUCAAACUACCCCAUUUUCGGGUGACAAAAAAUAUUGGAACACUAACGCCGAGUUCACACUGCACGAUUUUAGCCAUGAUUUUCAGUCGCCAACAGAUUUUGCGAAGUCGCCUUCAAUUGCCCGAAAUCGGAGGCAAAUUGGAGUUCGUGCACGCGAGUGACAGUCACGCAGUGUGAAUGACCAAAGACGAGAGAAUCGCCGAUGCGUUGCCGAUGCCAGUCGCGUAGCUAUGGGUGGGCCCAGAUCAAUUGCUUACAACAGAACAGACUGCUUUGACUACAGCGAUUGCUGGAUGUCUUUACACAUGCCUUUGUCCCUAUUAGUUUUUUUUGGCACGUCAUACGUUACAUCUAUCAAUUUUGGUACUUUCUGCGUGAGAGCGCCCUACGGCUACGAGGAAGAAUGAAACGGCUCUACGCUCAUGCCGCCCCUCUCCCUCCACACCAAGCAGAUUUCACAGAGGGUCACCGAAGUUUAGUUGCACAUUAAACUAAAAUGAAACAGAGCAACUUACUAAAGUUUGUGUCAAAAAGACGUUGUGUGCAGCCGGAGGAGAAAGAUAAUUCCGAUGUUCAGGAGCCAUCAAGCUCGAGUAGUAAGGAGCCCUGCUAGUGUUCAUUCACCUUUUACUCCAUCACCAGCAGCACUUUAUUCUCCAGCGUGUACCUCCCCUACACACCAGUGUAAAAGUAAGCCAAUCUACAUUUUCCUACUAUGUAGUUGUAUAGUCAUUGUUGUUCAUUUCAUGUGGUUUAUAUGGCCGAUGACUGUCCUGCUGAUUUGAUAAUGGUCUUGCGGCGCGUCUGUCAGAUGCGCGCGCGUGUGUGUGUGGUCUGGCCGCCGUGCUCAUGCUGUGCUUAUCGUUAUGUUCAUCAAACAGAAAUAAAGCAGAAACAUUUGCUUGACCAGCCGCAUCAGCGGCAGCACAUUCCAAAAAUAUUCAUUUGCAGAACGCACAAUCUUUGUUCCCCGCGGCUACCCAGCCAUUUCCUUCUUCAUAAUCUUUUUUUCUUUUUCGCCCUUUCGCUGCAAAUCAGCGCACUGACCAUUUGGCUCCUGAAACUUUUUGUGGGGUAACAUUUCCAGUCUCGCACGAGAACUCUGAUCUCACAUGUGAUCUUGCGUUAUUUUCUUAUAAUUUCUCGCAUAUGUCCGGUUGUGAAACGUAGUCUGUGGACCAGACAGAGCUGUCGGCGAUUCUUCCUAUUGUGAAGUCAUGCAGUGUGAAACCUCCUGUCGCCGAUCCAUCGUGCAUUAUGAACACAGCAGCAACGGAAUGCUAAAUAAUGGUGAUAACUGCUUCAUGCCUCCUGACAGUACAUCUAAAUGUAAAUAUCAGAAAAUGAAAGCAGAAAUUCUGAUCUAUCAUCUCAUUCUUCUUCUGAGCUCAUAUCCAAAUGUCUUCAAGUUGUAGCAAAUACACCCUGUCAAAUUUGCCUUGUCAUUUCAAUAACGGGGGGAGUGUAUAUGUCAAAAUGUAUGAAAACAGCAGUAAUACUGUUUGUUCUUCAUUACUUUACAUUUCAUUUGUUUUACAUUUGUGCAUUCAAGCUUUUGUGUUUUUGUGUUUCCUGAUCAUAUAAUUGCCAUAGACUACUUUGUAAAAGGUCAUGUGGCCAUGUAAUGUGUACUGCAAGUGACUCAUUUCAUUCCCAUGUGCCAAUCAUCUAUUUCAAAUGUUUCAUUUUUUUUGAGUAUAUAUAUAUAUAGAUCAGUAUUGUUUUUACAUUAUUUGGCCUCACGUGAUUGGACCAUUCUCAACGAGUCUUAUUACCACUCAGCAGAUUGUCAGUUAAUGGAGAGGUACUGAUUGAUGUGGAAGCAAGUGAAAUAUCUUGAGAUGAAAGAAAAUUCGGUUCUAUCUUUACAAGAAUACCCUUUCAGAAGAGAAUGAAAACUUUUCUUAGAAAUAUAAUUACCCAGGAGAGGCUGAAUGCAUUGGCCAUGCUGUCAAUGGAAAAGAGUCCAGUGACUGAGAUGACUGACUUUAACCAGAAGCUCAUUGCAAGCCAGAAAAAAGGAGAGCAAAAUUUCUUUUCAAAUAGUGUCACUGGCCUGUGAUUAGACAACUUUCCAGUGUUUUUUUUUAAUUAUUACCUUCAUUACUGAUAAUAAACCCACAUUGAACUCAAAUUCACUGAUUCAUAGUUCUCAUAGUAAUUUAUUGCAUGCACAGU